UCCUUUUUUUUUUUUAACCAUUCCCUUCCCCAAAUUCCUUUAGCACGUGCGUGCGUGCGUGCGUCGGCGCACCAAAGGUCAAAACGCUUUCCUUGAAAAUUCUCUCUUUACAAAGACAGUUUUCGCUUUCCUUGUACAGUUUCUCUCUCAUCUUUUAUUGUCUACUGUUCGUUUCUGUUUACUGUAAAGGGCAUCCUUUCCCGAUCAAACUGUCGCUCUUUAUGUGCCCCAAGUUUAGGCAAGGAGAUAUGAAACUUCCAAUUCUCCCCUCAUCAAUGUCAUAAUUGAUUGAUUUUCAACUGUUUCCACUGAUACUGAUACUGACACUGAUACAAACUCUCUUAAGUGUAAGUCAAUUAGUAGGGUUUUUGUUUUGCUUUAAUUGGGUUAGUUUUUAGAUAUGGAGGCCAUAAAGAAGCAAGCUACAAGACUUAGAGAGCAAGUUGCCAAGCAACAGCAAGCCGUAUUGAAACAUUUGGGACAUUUUGGUAGUGAAACUGUUACCAUUGAUGAAGCAGAAUUUCAGCGUUAUCAACAUCUUCAAAAUCUGUACAAUUCUACCAGGUCAGCUAAGCAUUUUCAAAAGAAUAUUGUUCGUGGAAUUGAAGGUUUUAUAUCUGCAAGUUCAAAGCAAAUGGAGAUAGAGAGAAAGUUGGCUGAAGAUUGUUGCAAAUAUGGAGCUGAUAAUCAAAGCUUGAAUUCUCAUGUUGCAAGAGCUGUUCUUCAAUUUGGUACAUCUCAUAAUUUAAUGGAAAACGAGAGGGAAAAUUUACUUGGAAUCCUCAGUGAUCAGGUUUCUGUGCCUCUUCGAGCCAUGGUAACAGGAGCUCCUUUGGAGGAUGCUCGCCAUUUAACACGUUGUUAUGAAAAACUCCGCCAAGAGGUUGAAGCCCAGGCUGCUGAAGUGUUGAGGCGUCGAUCAAAGAUCAGGGAAUCCGACAUAUCUGCAGAGAAUUGCAUGAGGCUUCGAAGUGCAGAAUCAAGACUGACUGAGCUUAAAUCUACAAUCCUUGCACUUGGGAAAGAAGCAACUGACGCCAUGUUGUCUGUUGAAAAUCAGCAGCAACAGACUACAGUUCAGCGUCUAUUUACAAUGGUAGAUGCUGAGAGAUGUUAUCAUCAACAUGUUCUUGAUAUUUUAGAUAAAUUACAUGCUGAGAUGAUAUCAGAGGAGCAAUUAAAUGAAUCUUCAUCACAAUCAGCUACCACGCAGCAAAAUGUGAAUGCCCUAGCCAUACAUCCGGAUACUACAUCUAAUGGAGCUGGUGAUGAGAAAGAUAUUAAUCAAAAGGACACAUUUUUCAUAGCAAAAGUUAUACAUGCAUUUGAUGCACAAGCAGAAGGAGAAUUAAGUCUAUCUCUUGAUGAUUAUGUUGUGGUUCGUCAGGUGGCUCCGACGGGGUGGUCCGAAGGGGAAUGCAAAGGUAAAGCUGGAUGGUUUCCUACAGCUUAUAUAGAGAAGCAAGAGAAAGCACCAGUUAAUAAGAUAAUGGAAGAAAACUAAAUACCAUAUUUUCUUAUUGUAUAUGGUAAUCUGAUUUUGUGUAAUAUUCUAUUACGCCAAUCACUUGAUUUAGUGUCAGUUCAUUUGUCCUGUAAGUGUGCAAUAAAGUUUUCUAUAUAUGACAAGUAGGUUAACAGCCAGCUUGUAGUUUGUAAAUUUAGAUAUGAAUAUGAUUAUUUAUUUGUGCUGUGUAUUUUGUUUGAAAAUAAUUCAAUUAUGCAUUUCAUUUACUUCUA